AUGCAAGAAAGCGUCGCCUCCAUCAAGCGCCCCGCAGCCGCGGCUGGAGCUCUUCGCUCCUCCAUCGACACCCAUGCGCUGGGCAAACGACGCGCUGCAAUCUUCUGGCGCGGGGCCGGGGCCGAACUGGGCGCGGGCGCGCUCGAGGGUGCCCUCGCAGAUUGGUUCCAAGCAACUGCCGUCGACAUUAACGACAUUUGCUUCAACACCUCUGACGCGCACGACCUCAUCCUGACCUGCGCCGCCCAAGAGCGCCCUGCGGACAAUCGUCGCCCACGCGACGGAGCACUUCCAGCGCCGGCGCCCGUCCUAGCAACGGAGCUUCGCAUCGACGGUGGAGGUCGCCACUCGCCCCGCCGCCCGCCGCUGUUCGGCCGACAAGACGGAAGCUACAAUCCACCGCCGCUACAUCUCCACACCGUUGCCUGCAACGUCCCACGCCUGGAGGUCCGCCUGACCGUCGACGGCCGCCCGCUGGACAAAAGCCGGCGAACCUGCGAGCGGCCCCCGCGAGCGGCCGCGCAGCGCUCCACCUUCGUCGCCAGCGGCGCGCUUGCCUUCUUCGCCUUCGACUUCAUGCGCUACCAGUCCUACGUCUUGCCUGUUCCUGGGCACGGUGGAUACCGCGCCGCGACCCUGGCGGCGCAGGAAGCCCGCGUCGCCCUCGUCAAGAUACGCCCAACAAAGUCGAGUGACUCCGACCAGCACAUCUGCCAAGAGGCGCGGGCCAUGACGCUGCGCAGCAUCGCGGGCGCCGCGCGGUUCCAGGUCUCUCGGCUCGCCGAGCUGCCGGUCGCGGGCCAGAGCAUCAAGCUCUUCAACGGUGCCGCGGUCACCCUCCUCUCGUAUGCCGGCCAGCCGCGCCCGCCCUCGCCUGGCUUCCACCCCUCAGGUAUCAAUGGACGCUGGCGCGCUGACUGCUGGGGGGGCCGGCUGCCCAUCGCACAUCGCUUCGAGAUGUUUGCGAACAACCCCUUCUUCCUGACGUGCAAAGGGUCGAUCCGCAAGACGCUCGAGCGCUCGCUGGGCACGCAAUCAUCAAUCGCCUACAGUUCUGGUUUCCACGACUCGGGCUUGAACAACGCGCUCGACCCUUGCAUGGGCUUCGAGGGGACCAACCCACGCAACCUGAUCCCGAUCCCGAACCAUCCAUCGCCUAUCUACAUGACUGAGCGCGCCGCAGCGUGGGCGUCGCGAUGGAUCCCGAGCGUGCUCUCGGACCCCAACUUCCUCGACUACACCGACAGCCGCCUGCUGCCGCCCAGCGAGAACGCGACGAAGAAGCAACAGAACAGCGCGUUCGCCGCCGCUGGCUCUGCGCGGAAGACGUGCGCGAUGAAGGCCAACGGAUGCUUCGCGACACAGCACGAGCUGCGGCGGGCCCUCGAGACGCCGCCAGGCGCAUGGACAACAAGCUACCGGAUGCCCUUCCACCCGUGCAAACUCGUUUGCGUCGUCGAUUGCCCCGAAGUCGAGAGCGGGCAGAACGCCGACGACAUCGCGAAUUACUUUGUCUACCCGAGGCUGUGGUCACACCUAUGCCAGCUACGCGUCAUCGCGUCCGCAAGCAUCCUCCAGCGCAAGGGGCUGAACUGCGAGAUCCCUGAUGGCGAGGGUGACAUCGACCGCGCCAUCGUGCGCAUGGCAGUCGCCUAUAAUACCCUCAAUUUCAGGCGCAUUAAUUCCAGGGCGGUGGCCUACCUGAACAAUAUCGUCAACAAGAAAGCCGCCCCUGUCGCCGCCGCGCGCCGUGCUCUGAGGCUGCCCACUUGUCUCGCGGGCGGCGCGGGGCCGUCCGGCGCAAUAGCGAUGCAGAUUUUCGUGAAGACGCUGACGGGGAAAACUAUCACGCUCGACGUAGAGGCAUCGGACACAAUCGACAACGUCAAGGCCAAGAUCCAGGACAAGGAGGGCAUCCCCCCCGACCAGCAGCGCCUGAUCUUCGCCGGCAAACAGCUGGAGGACGGCCGCACGCUCAGCGACUACAACAUCCAGAAGGAGUCCACGCUCCACCUCGUCCUGCGCCUCCGCGGCGGGGUGAUCGAGCCGUCGCUCGCGGUGCUGGCACGCAAGUACAACUGCGACAAGAUGAUCUGCCGGAAGUGCUACGCGCGCCUCCCCGCGCGCGCCGUGAACUGCCGCAAGAAAAAGUGCGGGCACACCAACUACCUGCGCCCGAAGAAGAAGCUGAAGUGA